AUGCAUCUACCAACAUCCCUCCUCACCCUCUUCCUCCUAACAACAGCCUUCGCCCUCCCAACCGCAAAAGACAACAAAGUCUUCGCCCCAACCCCCGACUCACCACCCCCCCAAGACCUCGGUAUCCAUACGGGCAAAAUCGGCGUAGACAAUGUCGACCUCUCCGCCCUACGCGUCGAUCCCGUCCGCGUCAUCAGCAGGAUCAAGUCAUCGUCACAAUUCACCUCGUCUCUCCUCACAAAACGUCGAGACGUGCUUCUCGAGGAACAUGAUGGACGGAUCAAUAUCGCGAAAGAUAAACGCUCGCACAUUCAGGUUGAUCCGGUCGAGGUGAAUGUUCACAUUAUGAGGCCUUCGGUUCAUACGAUGCCUGUUGGUGGGAAGAGUGCCAAGGUGGAGGAGGCGCAGAGGGAGACGGGCAAGGGAGAGAGUGAGGCUGUGAAGGACAUGGAACCGAAGCCCAAGUACAUUCCAAAGUUCAUGCUGGAUUAUAGUACGGCUGGGUGGUUUAGGCAUUUUAUUCGAUUCUAA